AUGGCGCUGCAACGCCUGCUGCCCAAUCUCGGGGGACCUGGCGGGGGUGUGAGGAAAUUGUACGCCGGGAUGAUACACGCCAUGCUCCUGUACGAGGCCCCUGUAUGGUCAAAACGCCUGGAGGCUGCCCGCGGCCCAAAGAACGCACUGAGGCAAGUGCAGAAGCGGGUAGUCAACAGGAUAUGCAGGGGCUACCGUACAGUGAGCUGGACGGCAGCGGGGGUACUCUCCGGAGUACCCCCUGUGGAGAUGCUCGCCCGCAUGUAUGCGGAAAUAUACACACGCACACGUGCGUACCAGCGGGCGGGCAUCAUUAUGACGGAAAGUCUCCGGCGUACCGUGAGGGUCCACUCCCGGCGGGCGCUGAUCCAGAGUUGGAAGGAUAGCCUGGCAAAUCUAACAUUGCCAGGACAGCGCACCGUCGGGGCCAUACGGCCCUGUCUAGAAAACUGGCUAGACAGGGCCAAAGGAGGGGUGUCCUUCCGUAUGACGCAGGUGCUCACCGGACAUGGGUGUUUCGGUGAGUACCUGCACAGGAUAGGUAAAGAGCGCACGACGCGGUGUCAUCACUGCGGCCACGAGCGUGACACCGCCCAACACACACUCGCUGAGUGUGUUGCCUGGGCGGGAGAGAGAGAGAGGCUCGUGGCCGCGGUGGGGAGGGAUCUGUCAUUGCCCUCGGUAGUGAGGGCAAUGACAGACAAUGAGGAAGCAUAG